CUAUAGAUAGAGGUGCUCAGCGCGGUGCAAACUCAGUUGUUGCAGAAACUUCGAAGUGUUAAUUUUGGAUUUUAUGGUUGAAAAGAAAAAUAUAAACGCAAAGUAUAGAAAAAGUGGAACAUAAGUGCUAGAAAUUAUUGAAUCACAGGAUCAGUAAAUUUAAAACUGAAUAGUGAUAAAAUAUAUACACAUAUAUGUGUGUAUAUGAAACAGUGUAGAAUAAAACAGUAAUAAUUGUGAACUUGAUUACUGAUUACAAUAGAAGCAACUGCAAAGGACUGACUGUGCCUAGAGUGUGGGACAGUGUGAAUAAGUAAACGUAAUCUUUUUUUUUUUGACAUAACCAACUUGUUGGCGAAUCUCAUAAAAAUAAACUGACAAGAUGACUACCAAAAUGGCGAUUAAUGCAAAGGAUAUAUUCCGCAACCAACAUAGGCUAAUACGUUUCAUUGAGCAGUCAAUUCGUUUGUGCAGUAAUCAGUCAUUGAAAACCGCACAGAAACACGUAAAACAACAGGCUGAGCCCGACUUCCAGAUCACCACAUCGAUCUCCAGCGCCUACACAACUGCCCCGGAACCGAUCAAACACGAUGCGGAUAUAGGUCAACAGUUCGCUGCCGUACAAUUGGCCGUACGACUGGCCUCGCCACAACAAUUGCAACCUAAACCAGAUAAUGAUGAGGCUUUAAGUUUUGGCAAAGUAUUCACCGAUCACAUGUUGAAAAUCUAUUACCAUCGGAGUUUGGGUGGGUGGCAGCGACCGGAGAUUACGCCACUCGAAAAUCUCGUUAUGCAUCCCGCGGCAAAAGUGUUGCACUACGCUGUAGAGCUUUUUGAAGGCAUGAAAGCUUAUCGUGGUGUUGAUGGCAAAAUUCGUAUUUUCCGCCCGAACAUGAAUAUGAAUCGUAUGAAUCUCACAGCAAGACGUUCCGGCCUACCAACAUUCGAAGGUGAAGAAUAUAUCAAGUGUCUGUCCCGCCUCAUAUCCAUCGACUCCGAGUGGGUGCCACACAGUGAAGCUGCCAGUUUAUAUAUCCGCCCCACAUUGAUCGGUAUCGACCCGACGCUCGGUGUUGCCUCCUCCGACUCUGCCCUGCUCUACACAAUACUCAGCCCUGUGGGUUGCUACUUUAAGGCUAACAACGAUGGUGCGGUCUCACUGCUCGCAGAUCCACGCUACACAAGAGCGUGGCCCGGCGGUGUUGGCAAUCGCAAAAUGGGCUCCAACUACGCACCCACGAUCAAUGUACAAAAAGAGGCUGCCCAAAAGGGAUUGCAACAAGUGUUGUGGUUGUACGGCGAAGAUCAUCAACUCACCGAAGUGGGCACAAUGAAUAUAUUCAUGUUCUACGUCAACGAAAACGGAGAGAAAGUACUGGUCACUCCACCACUCAGCGGUCUCAUUUUGCCCGGCAUUACAAGAGACUCAAUACUCACGUUAGCCAGACAAUUGGGUCAAUUUGAAGUGCGCGAAGAAGUGAUCACCAUGCCACAAGUCUGCGAGCUGCUGAAUCAAGGAAGACUGCUCGAACUGUUUGGCACUGGCACAGCCUGUGUGGUCAGCCCCAUCAAUCGUAUCAAUUAUAUAGGUACCGAUAUUUACAUACCAACCAUGGAGCAGGAGAAGCCCAUACACGAAUGGAUACGUGAAACACUAACAGACAUUCAAUAUGGCAAAAUAGAUCAUCCAUGGGCGAUGGUCAUUGAUUAAUGUAAACACUCGCGUGCUACGUCUUCGAAAUCUUUCACAAUCUGUUGAUGGAUUCUUAGCAAAAGAAAGUGUAUUAAUAGUUUUAAAUUUUCUUCUUUUGAGAGAAAUAGCUUUACUAUUUGACUAUUUACAUAUAAUUUAACUAUUCGCAUAGUUUAUGGUAUGGACGAAAGCAGCUCUAACGGAUAUUUUAUCAACUAUAACCAUUAUAUUUUUUCGGGAAAUGGCAAAGCUCCACUUUUUUUAACAAUGUUUUCUAGCCAAACAUUGCAUUUAUGUUUUGGACUUUCAGUGCGCCAAUGUCAGCGGUGUAUUUGUGCCGAACUUUGGCGCACUACACACACACAUACAUGCAAGCUCGCUGAGUUUGUCCUUUAAUAAUUUAAAGACUCCAUAUUUACGUAUUAAUUUCGUAAGUUUCUAAUAUUAUUUAUUUUACAUGUUUAGGGUAAGGUAAUAUAGUUUAAUUUAUGAAAUGCUAUAGACAAUAUUUGUACGAAUAUUUUCUGUAAUAAUUACCUAUAAUAUGUUAUAUAUAUGUGCAUCCCAAAUGUAUGCUGAGAAAUUAAGUUUUAGUUACCUGUGUCAAUUUGUAGCUACAGCAAGUCAUUGAAAGAGAUUUUUUUCUCUUCUGUGAAUACUCAUUAGCUGAGCAUGUUUACCUUGUAAUUUGUAGGCACCUUUUAAAACAGCAACUUCUCAGGUAUAUGAAGUAAAGACAUAUGUAUAUAUGUAUACGAGUCUGUUGCAACUGGCAAAAGCAUUCAUUUAUAGUUAAUAUUCGUCUAAGUUAUUGAUUUAAAACAAGAAAAGCUAAGUACCAGAGUCAAGUGCAUUUAUUAGUUUAGACUUCGACUUGUUGUCAUUAUUUUGAUAUUUUAUUUCAAAAUUCAAAAUCAAUGUUUUUCGCCAGCAAACAGAAUAUUCAUGCAUACCAAUGUAUGCGCAAUAUAUUAAACAUAACAAAAAACAAUUAAAA